AUGGCCAGUCCAACGAUAUUUUCCGUCGACAGAAGCCCAGGUAUGGCGAACCCCUCUGGGACAAUCUCCAUCAAGCCAUUGUUCGUGGAAGUCACCGUUUUGGCUUGCUGGUUGGGCAUCCAGCUCAUCAAUCUCUUGUGGGUCUUAGCAGUGGCCUUGACCGGUGACCUGGCGUUUUACACUCUGUUACCAGCUUUGGUGCCACUGAUCUUGAUCUUCCAUUCCAUGAGGCAGCACCUGCUCGCGAGGCAACAGCUUUUGGAUGGUUUGGCCCGCUUCGACCUCAACCAGGUGGAAUGCCGCUUGGACUUUGACAAGAAGUUCGUCCACGAAGCCAUUAGCGAAUGGUACGGGGGCCCGGAGGCCUUCACGGAGUAUGUGAGAGGCCCUUUGCAUCAGGAGCUGAUCUCUGCGAACGUGCGGCACGUGCGGCAGCUAGUGCCCUGCCAGUAUUGUUGCAUCAUCAUCACGCCCAUGCUGGGUGUGGCGCUCAACUCGAUGGUAGGUCUGGCCAAGGCUCAGGCACCCCUCUGGAUCGCCGUGGCGUUCUUCUUUGCGGUGGUCUUGGGGCUCUACGUGUGCUGGUUCGCUCUGAUGAUUCAGUUGGCCUUCUUCUUGUGCGACCGCUUCGCCAAGCCGUGGCCUUGCCUGGAUUGGCUCCAGACUAUUCUGAUCUUCCUCUUCUUCGCCGUGGUGUGUGCGAGUGGCUUGCAACUCGGGGUGAUUGCCUCGGACUUUGGUCCUGGCAGCGCCCUCCUGUGGUUCUGGGUCGUGGCGACGACCUUGUGGCUCACCAGGGGUGGUUGGGGCCAAGUGUGCCGCUUCUGUGACGCGUGCUUUCGGGCCCGAGCUGGGAAGGGUCUUAGUGGACCUGACAGCUGA